AUGUCGACACAACAGGAAGAACUAAUGAAGAAGUUGGAAGCAUUCAUGAUCCAGCAAACACAAAGCAACAACGAUUUGAAGGAAGCUAUGUCAGCCUUGCAGACCAAGCAAGCAACGAUGGAAGAAAGAUUGCAAUCCCUAAGCCAAAACAAAACCAUUGAACAAGGAGAAGACAACGAAAGUGUGGACAAGGUCUUCAAGAUGGAGCGUUUUGAUGACCCAGUGGUACAGGGGCGUGGAAUAGGACGUGGCACCACCUUCGGAACAAAUCCAAACAGUAAAUUUUCGUUCCAAGGAGGGUUGGUUGGGAGAGGUAAAGGAUGGACCCAGGAAGGAGCGGGACGAGGAACUGGCAAGGGUUUUGAAUCAUGGCGAACAGGUGAACCUCAGCCUUUCAAGCACAAUUGGGAACCCCUAAAACCAGAGUGGUCAAACUGCAGGGAUCAAGGGUCACCAAAAGAUUGGGAAGAGACAGAAGAUACUGGAUACCGAGGGGGUAGAGUACCAAGAUUUGCCAACAUGGAGUUUCCGACAUAUGAUGGAAAGGGGAAUCCAGUCGUAUGGCUUCAAAGAUGUGAAGACUUCUUCAAAGAGAAACAGACCCCCACGGAAGCUUGGGUUAGGCAGGCCACUUUUUCACUAUAA